AUGGUCGCCAUCUGGAAGCAGGGCCAGGGCCCUCUCAUCACCACUCUCAAGGCCCUCUGGUCCUCCGCCAACCUUCCCUACCCGCCCAAGGAAUACGUGGAGUGGAUCCCCGGCAAGAGCCCCCUCUCCCUCCAGAAGGAGGUCAUCAUUGCCCUCAUCACCUAUCUCGUCGUCAUCUUCGGUGGCCGUGAGCUCAUGCGCAACCGCGAGCCUUUCAAGCUUAGGACGCUCUUCCGCAUCCACAACGCGUUCCUCUCUGGCGGCUCUCUCAUCCUCCUUGUCCUCCUCAUGGAGGAGGUCGCGGCGUUCUACUUUAGCCGCGGCUUCUACUACUCGAUCUGCCACCCCGGUGCCUUCACCCCCACCGCCGUCACCUACUACAUGAUCAACUACUACUUCAAGUACAUUGAGCUCAUCGACACCGUCUUCCUUUUCCUCAAGAAGAAGCCCCUUGCCUUCCUCCACGUCUUCCACCACUCGGCGACUGCUCUUCUCUGCUUCACCCAGCUUGAGGGCGCGACUUCGGUCCAGUGGGUCGUGAUCUCGAUUAACCUUCUCGUCCACGUUAUCAUGUACUACUACUACUGGGCGACCGCCGGUGGCGCCAAGAUCUGGUGGAAGAAGUACCUUACCACCAUGCAGAUCACCCAGUUCGUGAUCGACCUCUUUAUCACCUACUACGCGACCACGAACCACUUUUUCUACAAGUACAACAUCAAUCUCCCCUGGGUCAAGGACUGCACUGGCGGCGAGGGAGCUGCCCUCUUCGGCUGUGGUCUCCUCACCUCUUACCUCUUCCUCUUCAUCGCCUUCUACAAGGCGACUUACAAGAAGAAGGGCGCCCGCGCUGCCGCUGCUGCCGCCGCUGCCAACGGCAACGGUGUCAAGAAGACCAACUAA